AUGGUGAAGUACACUCUGCUGCACAAGCCGACGUUGUCGACAUGGCCGUCACUCCCACGGCAAGUGAAAACGAUCAUUGUCGCUGGGAUUUUGAUUACUCUAACAAUACUCGUUCUCGUUCAGGCUGCGAGAAAUGCAAAGUUGAGAGACUUGUACAACAUGAAAGCAAUGACAGCCGAAAUUCUAGACCUUGAAAUGAGAUUCAUGCCGGAUAUAGAAUCGGAAAAAAGUGAUCGAUGGAAAUCCGCAUCUGUUACGGAUGGAAUGAUCUAUUCCGCCUACUUGGACUCCCGACCAGAAAUAGUCUUGGAGGAUCGCCACCACGAUAGUUCAGGCGAGAAUACUUGGGCAGUGAUAAGAGUGAUAGCGGUAUUGCCAUUGGCGAUGAAAGACAAACCACUAACGUGUUACUUAGAAUACAGAGGGGUAGACGAAAAACGUGGUAUUAUUCAAAACAGGACAGCGUCACGAGUACAACCGAUAAAAGAAAACUGGGGCUUGAAGUACUCGGCUUUUUUUGUACUCUGCGAUUUAACUUUACCAGUAAACAUGGACUUCCAAGAAUUUUACUACGCCGAGCAUCUUCCCUUGAAAGUUGCACUGGCAAAUACCACUCUUGCAAAUCUGGAUGAGUUGCAAUUUGUCAAUAUUCGUUACCCCGAGGGUGGUGUGAACCAGGCUAACGACGACGAGGACGAAUUUUUGGCUGUAUGCGGACCUGUACUGCAUCACGAAUAUGGCCGAGCACUGCAUCUUGUCGAGUUCAUAGAGUACCAACUGAUGCUGGGGGCCGAUCACAUAAUGUUCUACAACAAAUCUGUUACUCCGGAGGUGUCCAAAGUCUUGGCACAUUAUGUCUCGAGAGGCGUGGUAACGGUCCUCGAGUGGAAAUUACCAUCGAUAUAUAAAUUUGAGCUUACCCUCAGAGUCGAUGGACAAUUUGCAGCGUUAAACGAUUGUCUCUACAGAAGUUCUUUCCAUAAAAACUAUAAGUACGUCCUGGUAUCAGAUAUAGACGAAUUUAUCGUGCCCAGAAGGCAUAAGGACUACAAGGAACUCCUCAAUUUUCUCGACCCGCCCAAUCCUUCCGGCGUUAGGAAUCAAUACGCAUCGUUUCAGUUCAGAAACGUAUUUUUUUAUCUGAUGUACGGCGACGAUAAGACGGAUUACGACCCGGACGUGCCGUAUCUUUAUCUCCAAGCAAAAACUGAACGAGUUGAAAAUCCGCAGAAGCCCAAUGCGAGGAGUAAGUAUAUAGCACGUUCUCAAGACGUGGUGGAGAUGGGAAACCACUUUAUAUGGCACCAUCGGCCCGGCACAUCGGUUUUUUCGGAAAGGUUCGAGCAACUCGUGGCCGACCCAGACGUGGCCCUUUCUCACCACUAUCGAGAUUGCGAGGCAGAAACUACAGGCUGCUACUUACGGCCAACGUUGAUUGACAGAGCUGCACAUAAGUAUGUCAAGGAUCUUGGUAAGAGAGUGGGGCAAGCUUGUACAGAUAUAUUUAAGGAAUCCGGCUGUCCGGCUCCAACAGACUGAUCUACUUCCAAAGAAUCCAAAAGGUAUUUGUGGUAAAUCCAAAUCCAAAUGGUAUUUGUGAAAAAUGCGUUUCGAUAACCCGAGCUAAGAGAUUUCAACCCAUUUAUAAAUCAAGGGGCGAAUACAACAUAACUUGUGUGCUCGGUAUAAACAUGAAUGAAUGAAUGAUGAACUGUAUAUGAAUGAUGAUUUGUAAAUAAAAUAACACUGUAUAGUUAUUACGAAUAAAGAGUUUCAUAAUUUAUACUCAAGUAUAUUAUUAUACAUGUUUAAAGACAUUUUUAAAUCAUGAUUGUUGUACGUUACUAAAAAUUGAGCGAUACAUUUUCGAAUUCAUAUGCUUGAUGCUAUGUGAUAAGUCGAUUAAUAAAGAGUGAAUAAUAUUCUUAUUCCGAAAAACGGAAUGUAAGGAAAUGUAAUUCUGAUCACUAAAUGACAAUUGUAUUACAGU